AAAAAGCGCCUCGUUUACCAGGAAGUGCCUGGUACGUUUGCUAAGAGCUAAUCUUGAAGCUAAAGCUAGUUAAUGAUAGCCCCAAUACAAUGCUUAACGACAGUGAGCUUGCGACUUUACGGAAUAGAUUUAAGAGAGAUGCAGAGUUUCUUAUGCAAACAACGCCGACGGAGGACGAAGACGAAAAGAGUCAAGAAGAAAAAGAUGUCAAACCUCUUCCAAGAAUUAACAGACACUCCGUUUUCUGGAUCAUGGCUUCUAUAGGCGUGACCUACUAUGUGGACUUCCUCCGCAACAUUAUGGAGAACGAUGAUAUCAAAAGUUGGUGGUUUAACGUGGGUCUGGUUCUCCUUGGGAUCUGCCUCUCCCUGGCCAUGUUUUGCAUCGUGUACCUCGAGUGGUUCAAAGGCAUCCAGCACUAUGAUCAAGAGUAUCCUGCCAUUCCACCCAUCACCACUGCAGCCUUUAUAGCAGCAUCGUGCAGCUUUAACAUUGCACUGUGGCCGGUGUGGUCCUUCUUCACUCCGCUCAUCCUCUUCACACAGUUCAUGGGUGUGGUCAUGUUCAUCUCUUUGCUUGGAUGAGUAUGACAGGUGAGGAUGAUAGUUCUGUUUGAUUUUUAACUCUGCUGUAUUAUUUUCAUUACUUUAAAGGUGUUUUUUUUUUUUUAAUUAUUAUUAUUGAAUGAAUGUCAUUGUAUUUGACUCUGAUUAGAAUCUCUGUUACACACGUUGCAUAUUAAAAACAAAAGCUUUAGUUUGAAGAAUCGAAAAACAUGAUUUGUCUUUGGUUUUUCAGGCGCAGAUGGCUGUUAUGUUAACCAAAAAUGUUGUUUUUAUCAUUUUAGAUUUUUCCAUUAUGUCUUAACCAAAAUUUUAAGUUCAUCUCUGUAAACAUCUUUCUAAUGUUAUAAAAAAGGGUUUCAGGGUUGGAGAUUGUCUUGACAAAAUCAAACACAGCCUUAUUUUCGUACACAAAUCCAGAGGUGUCAAGUAACGAAGUACAAAUACUUCAUUACCUUACUUAAGUAGAAAUUUUAGUUUUCUAUACUUUACUGGAGUAAUUAUUUGUCAGCUGACUUUUAACCUCUACUCCUUCACAUUUUCACACAAUUAUCUGUACUUUUUACUCUUUACAUUUUAAACAUAGCCUCGUUACUCCUAUUUCAUUUCGGCUUGUUUUCAUUCCCAUUUGUCAUCGUUCAAAUAAAAAAAAAAACAAAAAACAGAUAAAUCACACAUCCGGAUAGAGUGAAUUUGAUUGUGGUUGGAUGAGAAGUAUAAACAUAUACCAUUCUGACACCCUAUUGGUUUGUACGCGAUCUAUCGCACCUGACUUUUCGCACCAUUCCAAUACUUAUAUUCAACUACUCAUCAUAUCUUCCGCUCCAUGAAACACAUGUUAAUGCUCAGUAGUACACAUAUAUGGUUCUUCAAUACAUUGCACUAAAAUGCCUUCAUUUUCAAUGGAUAUACAUGCGGCUGAAACAGGUAGACUAGUGCAUCCCAAAUUUUUCAGCAGUAACAUUUUAAUAUAACAUUAUAGUCAUUAUGGGCUUUAGAAAAAUGUUUUUUGGGGAGGUGGGGUAGUCUACUAUAGGCCACUGUGGCACUGCCUAAGCUUUUGUCCUAAUGGUAUUUUUUUCCCCUUACAUUUACUUUUAUACUUUAAGUAGUUUUGAAACCAGUACUUCUUCAAUUUUACUGGAGUUAAAAGCUUGAGUUGAUUCAACUUCUGCAGAAGUCUUUUUAAACCCUAGUAUCUAUACUUCUACCUGAGGAAUGAAUGUGAAUACUUUUGACACCUCUGCGCAAAUCUAAAUAUAAGAACUCAAACCUCAUAUGCGAUCACUUUUGUUUGGAAACGAUCUAUUAACACACUCUGCAUGCACCACUAAGCAAUACAUUGUUGGCACCACUGAUGAAAUGUAUAUGAGUGAAGCAUAAUGCAUUGUAGGAUUACUGGGAAAAAGUCAGCUUUUUGUCUUGUUAUAGUAGGAAAUGCACAGAUGUUCCUGUACCAAAUGACUUUGUAAACUAUGGCAGUGUGACAGCAUAUAAUUCUAGCAGAUUAAAAGAAAUUAAAGCACAUUCAAACUGUCAUUAACUGCAUUAUUUACAUCUAUGUUUUUCCUAACGUAACAAAAAAAAGUUCUUUUUUUUUAACAACUGAAGAAAUAGUACUGUACCACCUAGAUCUGUGUUAAUGUAAUGAACAAAGGUUUUUUUUUAAAAUGUAUUUUUUAUCUCAUCUUUGGUCAUUUUUGCUGAAGAAUGUAAAGACGUAUGUUCACGUUCUGUAAAAUGUGUUUUUCUUUAAUAAACUUUAAAUAACUAAUUUCACAAACUGCA